AUGACAUCGACAUGGCAAAAUCGUUUACCUGAUCACUCAGUUUUUAGAGAACUUCGCAACAAAGAUGAAGAUAAUUGCUUGCAAACAGCAGAAGAUGCUAAAGAGAGUAAAACGAAGAAUAUUUUUCUCGAGAAUGACGGUGAAUUAUUUGUGUGGAAGUCGGCCAAAAGCAGCUUGCUGACUGCAAACCUUAAGAACCUCCAUUUUGAUAAUGAACGCGCUGAUAAAUUCCAAGUAAGUGAACACUGUAUUUCUUAUUUCAUUGAUUGAUUGUUUGCUUGAUCGAUUGAUUGAUUUACUGACUGACUGAUUUGUUGACUGAUUGAUCGACUGAUUGAUUGACAGAUUGAUUGAUUGAUUGAUUGGUCUACUGAUUGAAUGAUUGGUUGAUUGAAUGAUUGAUUGACUUACUGAUUAAUUGAUUGGUAAAUUGAUUGACUGAUUUGCAAAGUGGCACUCUAAUCCUCUAGACUUAAAAUGCUGUGGUUUGGCUUUAAUCACUAAUGCAAGUACUCGUUGGUGGUAGGAAAGUGACAAGCUGACUGAGUGAUGCAUUGACUUCUUGAAAACAUUGAUUCUUGUCAACAGAUCUUUGUUUGCACUGAAGCUCCUCUAUUUGACGUGGAUUCUAUGCUGUUCAGCCCAUCCUCCAAGUAUCUUGCUCUCAUAGGAGAAAGAGGAAUAGUAGUUCUUGAGAUGCCGAUAAGGUGGGGCAAGUUUGCUGAAUAUGAUGGUGGAGAACAAUCAGUUAUGUGCAGGUAAUCUUUACUCAGGACGACCUCCAACAUCCUUAGGAGAUACUUUAUUAUUAUAAAUUGGAGUGGGGCUAGGGUUUCCCUCUUUCUCCACUGCCCCCUCCCCCAUAAAUCUACAGACAUGGGUGGUCCCAGGAGCCAUCAAGUACCCUGAAUGAAUUGUCCAACCCAAGGGACUUCUGAUAAAUUUCUUGAUUCUCCCUGCAAAAAAAAUGCCCUUUGCCACAAUGGAAGAAUUUGACCUGAGAUCAAAAGUCAGUCAGGGCCUUUUUUCAUGCAUCCCAUCUAUGAGAGGCUUACUGUAGCUUAAGGAAAUUCCUUGGAAAUAUUCAAAUUUCAUUCCAUUGAAGCACGGUAUGUGAUAUUGAUUAUUUUGUUAUUUCAAAAAUUACUAAUAAUGGUAAACAUGAACAGUUUGCACUAUGCAUUUAGGACAAUAAUAUUAUCAUUAAGAUACAUGGUACAGCAGAAAAUAAUUCAGAAAUAAUAAAAAAGACUCACCUACAAAUGAACUUAAUGGUUGUUUUCCUUUAAACCCUUUCAUCACCAUUUUCUUUUAUAAUAAUUUAUUUUUCUCCUUUUUAGAACAAUUCCAAUUGAUGCAAGAUUCUUUGUUACUCACCAAAAGAUCAAAGUUCUUGAUGUUAAGUGGCACCCUGGAAGCCACACAGAUGUUCACCUUAUGGUUCUUACAUCAGAUAAUAAUUUGAGGUAUUGUCCUUGAUGCUUAUGUCGAAGGUCAAAGUGAAAUUCAAGUUAAAAUGGUUUCAAUUAACAUUAGAUUUAUUUCCAGUUUCCUUUGUUUCUUACACCCUAAUUAUUUAUCUUCAGGAAUAAUUAGGGAUGGGAGACAAAGGAAAAUAAACAUUGAGAAUCAACGCAGGUUGAAAUCAUUUUAACCUGAAUUUCUUUUUGACCUACGACACUUAUAUUUUCUUUAUGUUAAACCUUCAAAUCCAAUAUUACUUUUCCUCUCCCAAAAAAAUUUUCCAUUAAAACUAGUUAUGAGAAGUGGAAGUAUCAAUAUGAAAGUAUCUUAGCGACCAUUCCAUUGUGGUGUUCUGGAACACACACCCAUACAUGUGUCUUCCACUGAGUGUGUGUGGUUUGUUUCAAACACUCCAUUGCAGUUGCAUUACUUUUUUUCCUAGCCUUAUAGUAAUUCAGUAUUAAUAAGGGUUCUGAGACAAUGGAAAUUGAGAGUCAACCUAUCUGCAGGUUAAAAAAUUAUUAUAACCUGAAUUUAAUAUCCUAUGAAAUUCACACUUGGCUCUGAGAUUGAGAGGAGCAAAACAAAAGAAAUGAAUUAUUAUAAUUUAUUACUAUAUCUCGAUGUAUUUUCUUUUGUUUAUACCCCUCAGCCUUGAAGCCAAGUAUGAAUUUUAAUAUAUGUAAUUAUUUCAAAAGUGGCCUAUUCCAACCUAUAACAUGAUUAAUAAUAAAAUUAAAAUAAAAUUAUUUAUCCAUACAUUUUCUUUGUUACUAUCCAUUUGUAUCAUAUACAGACUCUACAAUGUACUUAAACCAACUUCUCCAGAAGAACUAAUCCCCUUAGGAGAAUCAUCAUCAAUGACUGCAGAGUACAGCAGAAAGUCCAUGUCUGUUGGUUCAAUGUCAUCAUUUUCAGCAGCCCUUGGAGAAACUGCCAUUGCCUUUGAUUUUGCACCAGCUGUUAAUGUUGUUGAUUUGAAAGGAAGCUACAGAUCUAGUGAAACUGAUGUAGAAGUAGCCCAUCCUAUCUUUAUUCUGAGAGAAAAUGGAGACGUCUACUACCUUGUUCACAAAAUUUCCUCAAGCAGGUGUGUUGUCUUUGACUGACUGUUGUUUGACUCUUUCCCUGUUAGUCCCCUGGGAAGUGUUUCCUAAAAGUCUUGGUAACUUUUCGGGCCCAAAAUCAAAUAUUCAAAUUGAAAUAUAGGGAAUAAAAGUGCAGGUCCUGACUAGCAAACUUCCUCAUUUUGUUUCAUUAACUGAUGAUUUUAUCAUGUUUGAUGCCAACCUAUUGAAACCUCUAUCUUGCAUGUAAACAACAACAGUUUUGUGGGCCCAUUAAUUAUCGGGACUUUUGAGAAACGCGCCCCAGGUCCCAGUUGAUCAAUAGGUGGAUAGGGCUAUCCACCAGAUGAAUCUCUAUCCAGUGGAUAGCACAAUAUUGGUUUCGCAAAUACUUAUCCACUGGAUAGUGAUUAAUCCGGUGGAUAUUACUAUCCACCUUUUGAACAACUGUGUCCUGACGUCAUUUUAACUUUAAGUAGGGAAUAUUACCAAUACAAUGUAAUGAACUUUAUAAGUAACAUAUCAUACGUGAUUUAUUAAAUUCAUCAAUCAUUUGAAACUACAGAACACCGAUGAUGUCAGAUGUACUGACAAAACAUGUCUGGAAAUUUAAAGAAAGGUUUAUUGUUUCUGUGUCCAUGUUAAUCCUUUGAGUCAAAAGUGACCAAGAUCAAUUUUCUCCUUACAUUAGCAGUAAAUUAUCAAGAGAAAACGCUAUGAGAGUUAAUAAAAUGAUCAUCUAAGGGAAAAUGCUUAAUGAUCAGUCUUUUAUCAAAUUCUCUCAGCUAAAUCGUUUAGGCAAUGCAUGAAGAUCAAUAUGGAGAAUUUGUAUGUCAAUAUUAGGGCUUAAAGGGUUAUAAUUUGGCAACACAAAAUAGUUUAGGAAAUAUAUUAUUAUUUCCUUUCAGGCAUCAACUAGCACAGGUGAAUGGCCCAUUGUCUAUGUAUCCGGCGGCAGAUGAUAAUUACGGACUUGAUGCCUGUUCUUUGCUCUGUCUACAUUCCCAGCCUCCCAUUGUUGCCAUGGGAACAGGGAGUGGAAAAAUUUAUCACUGUAUUAUUCUAGAAUCAGAAGAGGCCUUUGACCCUGAAGAGGUUAGUUUUGACAUAACAGAUUAUUGGUCACUUUCUUAUUGGGCUUUCGUAUUGGUUUUUACACCAAAACAGCAUCAAAUAGGGUGUGGGGACAGGGUGUCUUUGCUUCUGUUCAGAGAAGACUGUUUAUGGUGCAAAAUUAGAAAAUAGAUGUAACCGUCUCAAGAGUUUUGUUUGAGGUUGUAGUUUUUGCUAGGCAAUCACAACCUUUGUGCUCAUUUAUACAGAAGUGUUUUUAGAACCCCAGGUUUUAGCCUGGCUUAGAAGGUUUAAAAACUUUUGUUCUACAUUGAAUUUGCUUUAGGAAAUUGCAUCUUGGAACAGACAUGGAGUUGACACAACUGAUGAUAGUCAUCCCAAGCUUUCUCUUUAUGUUAAUGAAUGCAUUGAGCUGCAGAUGUCUAUCUUGCCUGAUACAACAGAAUCUCAGUCAGAUAGGAGUUCUACUGAAGAUGACUCAGAUGAAAAUGAAGACCCAUUAGUUUUGAGACUACAACAAGGUAUAAAGCUAUUCGAAACUAAUUGUGAAAUGUUCACGAUAGGUUGGUGGUUUUUGCUAGUUUUCCAUCAUCAUUUCAUUAUCACACCAGCGUGCAAAGAAAGUCGUGUCCGAUAGCCCUGGGCUAGUGGAUUUUCCUAUCGGGCUAGUGUUUUUUGUUCUUAACUUGCCCAAUGGGCAAGUGCUGUUUUUUGGGGAAAUUCAAAUUACAGAAGGAUUAUUAUCAAUCCUGCUAAUCAAAAAGGGUUUUGGGGCUAGUUGAAAUGACUUGUGGGCUAGUAUAUGCUAUCUAUAGCUUGCCCGAAUGGCAGGCUGUAAAACUGACUUUCUUUGCACCCUGCACACAACCACCAUAAACAUUUUUAUCAUCAUCAUCAUCAUCAUCAUCAUCAUCAUCAACAGCGUCAUUAUUUUAUGUUAUCAAACACUUGCCUAUUAGCAUAUGCUUCAAUCUAUAUUAUUGUUUGGGACGACCAAAUUACUGUAUCCCAGCUUUUAUCAACCAUUUAUUCUUUACCUCAGGAAAGGCAUAAUAAUUUAAUAAUAAUUUAUUGAGGCUGCCUCUGCUAGAAGAGAAUAAUCCAUGAAUUAUUUUUUUAGAUUUAUUUUUACAUGUUUCCUUGCAGAUCCAGCGUCUCCUUACCAAUAUCACUGUUCACACAGAAAUGGCGUACACACUGUAUCCCUGCCAUGGGUUAAGAAACUACAAGGUUUUUGUGCACAAGGUAAUUAAUGUGAUGUAUAAACUUGCUCACAGGUUAAUUUCUUUGAGCUACAAAAUUGAAAAACCGGUAAUGAAAUAGCAAGAAGUGAUGGUGACCCUACCCAAAUGGACCUUUAGAAAGUCUGUAUGUAAUGUAAUGUAACAGUAGUUUCUUGUUCUCACUACUGCAGUACCCUUGCUCCCACAGGUUUUUUCCUUGGAUAAUUUCAUUAUUUGCUGUUCAUCACAGUACAGGCUGAUGAAAAAGGCCCUUUAAAACUUUCUUUUACCCUUACUCUCAAAUUAAGCCUUCGUUCUACAAACAAACAAAUUAACAAACAAACAGAAAUUAGAAGAGAAUCAGUCACUAAAGUUGAUCAGAAUUCAAUGGUCAACAGUAUAAUCUUUCCAGGUGGAUAUCAAACUGGUAGUUUCAUUAUAUAUUCUCUUUUAUAGAUGGUCAGAGUAAUUUUGAUCCUGAUGAAGCAGCCAUAGUAUAUCACAUGAUCUGUACAUCCCCAGCAGGAUCAAGGUAUUUACUUAGACUUUAUUUACUUUAUGUAAUAUCCAUACCUGUCUCCCCCUGUUUUUUCCUGUUUGUCCCUUUUAUCUUGUCGUCAAUUUAACAAAUCAACAACAAUAAUAUGUUUCAUGGUCUAUACUCUAAUUUAGACGUAAAAAUAGUGUCCUCAAUUAGUACUUUUGUGCUCAAUACCUUAACAAUCAGUUUAAGUGCUUUUUUUUUCCAGGUGUAUGUGCAUUCAUUUUGUUUAUGCUUGUACUUUUGCAGUUCAUCAUCUCCAGUAUUAGGUGUUUGUGUGGUAAACAGUAGAAUCCUUGGCUCCUCAAUGCUUUGUUUGACUUCAGACAUGGAAUGUAUUGUAAGACCUUUGAGGUAAGCAGGAAAGUGAUCACAAGUAAGUAGAGCACAGAUUAUAGAUUGGACAUGUGAACAAGAGUCAUCUUGAAGACUUGUAGAAGGACCAGAAUUCCUCCAGUCAUUAAUUCAGUCAUUUUUUCCACUUUUUUACUUUGCUCUGCUUAAGUAAAUAUUGCUGCUGAGUCAAAGUUGGUAUAAGAGCUGAUGUUUUCCUAUGUUUGUCUGUAGUCCACUUAGCAGGGUGCCCUCUCCUCCAACAAUAGAAACAGACCAAGAGAAAAGUUAUGAAAGGUCAGCUUGAUGCAUCUUCCUUGUUUAUUUUGUAUUGUGACUAUAAUAAGGAACUUGUGAGUUUUAAAGAUCCAUAUGGAACUUUCCUUUAGAGUGAAAAGCCCCAAUGGAUUAUCAUUUAGUAAAUAUGAUUGUUCAGUUUCAAUUUUAGUUCAAAUUUAUAUUUUCCUUUGUUUCAAACCUGUCAUUUGGCAGUACCAUGGUAACAGCAGUCACCUUGACAACAGUCACCAUGACUGUAGUCAUCAUGACAGCUGUUACUAUGAUUGCAGUCAUCAUGAUUUAAGUUACCAUGCAUGACAGUGGUUACCAUGACAGCAGUCACCUGCUACUAAUAUGACCAAAGUUAAUAAUGAUAAUAAUAAUAAUAAUAAUAAUAAUAAUAAUAAUGGCACCUUUCAAAAGAAUCCUUGAGGCAGCUCUUCUUCUAUUGAAACUAUCUAAACUAUCUAGCAAAAAACAAAAUUUACAAAUACAAUGUACAUUAGAAGCAGACAAGAACUUCAUGGUUCAAGACUUGGAUGCCAUGACAUGUGGGUUUAUCUAGUUUGUUUGAUCUGAUCGUUUCUCUGAUAGAUUUUUGUCCCACCACGUUUUCCCCUUUCCUUUUAAAUCUUGAAACACUUCCAAAUUCUCCUUUGAUGAGGGAUGCAGUCUUAAAACUUGAACUCUAAAAAGUUUACUAAUCUUUUUACUAAAAUACAUUACAGAUAAAUUAAACUAUAUUACUUUUAAUGACAAUAACAUACUAUGAUAAUGUUAAUUUACUGGGCAGUUUUCAUCAUGGCCAACAAUUUUGAUUUUUGUUUUCUUCCUUUUAACAGUGCUGGCUUUUCACCGAUAAGACAAUUGAAUGUAGGAUUAUUUAAAACCCAGAUUCAACAGAUUUUAACAAGAAACACAUCAACACCCCUGUUAAGGUGGGUUCAUGAUUUGUGAAUAGCAUAACUGUUUGGAAAUAUAAGCGAGGAAAUGGCUAAAAGGAAUUAAUCUGAAUUUCAGAGUGUAUUAUAUAAUUUAUUAUUAUACAAAGAAAAAUGAGAUGGCAGCAGAUAGCUAUAGCUAGCUGUGGGUAAUUGCAAGUUGCACAAGAAAACACAUUUCUAGGAUGACAUAAAGAAUUUUGUAAAAGGAAUGACUGAAUGACUGCAUCUCUCACAUCAAGUCUAUGCACUUCUUUAACUUAGUGUAUAGUAAAUACUUUUGUAAUCCUGGGGUUCACUCAGUGGAGAUUUAUAGUGGGUCAUAAAUUAAAACUUAAAAUAGCGGUACUUUCUGGAAUCUUCCAGUCACCGUAAAUGAAAAUCUGGAGAAGCCCCCCUUCCCUUCUACCCCCAGGAGGAAUUUUACACACUAGUGAUUUCUCAGUAGAGAUCAGUACUGUUAUCCACUAUGGUGUAGCCUACUACAGUUGUAAUAGUGCAGCCAUACAGUAAGUGAUGCAAAAAAUGUGCACACACCUUAACUUACGAAGAAUGUGCACACGCUUGGCUUGUUUUAUUUUCACAAUGUCCUGUCUAUCUGAGAGCCAGCUGGCACAGGGUGACUAUAGUGUCGUUUUUUCCUAAGUAGAUAUUAAGAGCAGGAAUAUUAAAUGUAUGUACCACCGACUCAAUAGUCAGACCUAAAUUGUCCUCACUGUGAAAGCCACGGUUUAUUCAACUUAGAUUUGUUAUUCUCUGUAGAGCUGGUGAGGAGUCAGAAAAGCUUUCACAGGAG